AUGACGAUCGCACGUAUCAGCUAUGCCGCUAGAAUGUACUUGGACUGUCUCCGCAGCGCCGCCUUAUACAGCCAUCUCUUCUACGGAAGUGAAUCCUCCUGGCUAGAAGGUAACAUCGGUAUCGGCGAGGAGUCGACCAUCUCCCAGCAAUACUGGUUCCUCCGUGACCUCAUGGGUCUGGGCGACUCCUUCGUCUGGAAAGACCUCGACUUCAGCACCGUCGAGCUAGCAGACCACUUGAACCCCGGUAACGCAACAGCAGGACAAUACGACAUCAGCGAGUUCGAGAAGCGCGGUGGAAAAUUCAUCCAUUACCAUGGACUCUCGGAUAGUUAUGUCUCUCCCGGAGCGAGCACGUUCUACUACGACCAGGCGAAGAGCGCUGUGCAGGCGAACGGCGUCGAUGACGUGGAUGAUUUCUAUCGCUUGUUUUUGAUCCCGGGCAUGGAACACUGCUACAACACCCCUACUGACAUGAACGCCCCGUGGUACAUCGCCGGCACGGACCAAGCAUCCACCAUCAACACCUCGACGUGGAGUGUCCCCGAAUAUAGGGACGCCAAGCACGAUGUAGUGUUGGCCAUGAUGGCGUGGGUGGAGAAUGGCACGGCGCCGGAUAGUAUUGUUGCGACGGUGUGGAAGAACACUACCAAUGCUCAGGAAGUGCUUAGGCAGAGACCUAUUUGUCAUUAUCCGUAUCAGGCGAAGUAUACUGGGAAGGGGGAUCCGGAUGAGGCGGAGAAUUGGGAGUGUAAGUUGUUGUAUUAGAUGAUUGUAAGUGGUGGAUUUCUGGGUUCUGGGGUGAGGUGAGAGGGGAUGAUUUUUGUUGAUGUUGUAUUAUUCUAUUGUAUUUUUAGUUACUAAGGGGUGGAUGAUUGUGAGGAUUUUAAUUCCGGGAUAGGUGGAUCUUCGAAUAUAAUGGUCCUACUCCAAGUGGAGUAGGAGGGUAUCAAAGUC